GAUACAAAAUAUUUUUAUGUAGCUUUUAAAGACAACUUAGGAAAUAUUUGUUUCUUAAAGUCUCGUGAUGCACCACUUUUUAGUGCAUCUGCCCAAAUAGAGAUAGGUGGUAACCCUAAAUUAUACCAAUACAUAUGUGGACUUGAACAGAUAACAAAAACACAGCCCAGAACAAUACUAAUACAUUUUUAAAACGGUGUGCUGCUGCCAGUUAAGAUCAGACAUUGAAUACAAUGGGUUUCGGAACCUUUUUCUUCACAAUCGCGUUCCUUAACCGGCCAGUACGUCGGUUGGAUAGGGUGGGACUUCAUAGUCAAACAGGAAGUGUAAAAAGGAAGCCUGAAACAUGGCGGAGACUCAUAUCUUGGAAGAAAUGAGGUUACAGGCUUCAGUAUCUGGCAAAGUGUUCAUUCAGCGAGAUUACAGCAAUGGGACUAUGUGUCAGUUCCAGACCAAAUUUCCUUCAGAAUUAGAAAAUCGGAUUGACAAGCAACAGUUUGAGGAAACCGUUCGGAGCCUAAAUAAUCUUUAUGCUGAAGCAGAGAAACUUGGGGGUCAGUCAUAUCUUGAAGGAUGCCUAGCUUGUCUGACAGCAUACACAAUAUUUUUGUGUGUGGAGACGCAUUAUGAAAAGGUUUUGAAGAAAAUUGCCAAGUAUAUCCAAGAGCAGAAUGAAAAAAAUUAUGCACCUAGAGGACUCUUGCUGACUGAUCCAAUUGAGCGAGGACUGAGAGUUAUUGAAAUUACUAUUUACGAAGACAGAAGUACUGGCAGUGGAAGGUAAAGGUGAAUAAAAGAUUUGUUGAUGGAGUUGAUUGCACCUAAUGAAUGACUGGUUUCUCCUUAUAGUACCCUGUCUGCUACCUGAAACAGUUAUCCUCAGCCCCUUUGGCUGAAUAUGAUGUGAUGCAGUUUGGUUUAUGGAAGCCAUUCUCUUCUUUGAGCAGCAGAAAAAUGCAGUUAUCACCUCAGACCGGUAUUGAUCAGAGGAUCACAGCUAUAUUCCCUGACUGCCUCGAUUUUCCUGUCUGACUUCCCUUACUUACAUUGUCUCAUCUGGCCCAGCAAACGAACACUGAAGAGUUUUCCAUGCGUGAAACAUCAAGGUGAAUGUGAAAUCAGCUGGCAGUAUACAGUAUAUUGGUAAGCAACAUAAGCUCCUCUUAGGGCAGCAAUCCAGUUCCAUUCUAAAUAGCUGUUUACAGAAGCCACAAAACUGUUGAGUCGAGGUCAUGAUGUAAGCCUUUGAAGAGGGGGAUGGAUGUGUUGCAUUCUGUUGCUUUUUCCUUAAGACACUGAAUACAUAGAGCAUCUAGGUUACAGUGGAGAGGUUCUUCUGGUGGCUGACAGUUCACAAUGAAAACUGUAAGUUUAUGUGGGACAGCACAAGUGGGGAUAUUUUGAGUUAAGAUUAGGUUGUACUUUUCUGGUAUUAUUUUUCUGAUAUUUUUAAUGCCCAGAAUAUAAGGAUAUAUGUGUAGGUAAAAGCAACCAAACUUUUCCCCCUGUAGAGCAAUCCAAUAUCUUAUUUAACAUCACUGGUACAAGUUCUACUUGUACCACCUAACAGUCCUUUUUAUAGUGUGGCAUUUUCUGCUUGGUCUGGCUCUCAAAAUCCCUUUUAAUCAGAAGUAGGGGUGAUUUGGAUAUUACUUUUAACUGUAUGUAAAGUUUUCUUAUUUUUUUGCCCUUUUUUGAAGAUGUCUAUUUUCAAGUACAAUAUUAAGUGAAACAUUGAGUUAACCUGAAGCUUAACAUAUUAUUCCAGUAUAAAUAAAUGUCAAUAUGCUUUUGAUGUAGCCAUAAUAUUAUUUCAGAGGUUUUAUAAUCAAUUAACUGCAUUUAUUUUACUAUAAAACUGAUGAAAAUAAGGAAUUUCAUGUUAAUUGUACGUGACUACGGUGAAUUUUUAAUGUUUAGGGCUAAGCAGAACAGUGUUGAGUAGUCACAUGUAUGAAUCCCCCUUACGUUGUUUAACCAUAAAAAUAUGUAAGUUGUUUAAUAUGAGUAUAUUAAUGUUUAUCUGUACAAUUUUGUCACAAAUAAACUUAUUUGUAAAUAGUUGCACAAGUAAAAUGUGAAUAAAAUUGUAUGCUGACUGUUGUACUUGCA